AUGGAUCAAGGCUACUUGAUGAUGACUGUGUCUCAAUUGAAGGAUCAAAUAUAUGAUGAUGGGAAGGAGGAGAGGAAGGAGGAGAAGGGUGUCUGGAGGGAAUGUGUUGACAUGAUGGGCUCUGUGGUAUCGGCAUUAAGGGAAUUGCAAGGGGACUCGAAGGAGAAGGAGCCAUUAGCAUUGGGAUUAGAGUUAUGCUAUGGUCGUAUUAAUAGGAUGAAGUUCGUUAAAAGUAAGGACAUCAAAGCCUUAUGGCAGUUUAGUAAGGAUAACCCAACUACUCAACUGCAUGCAUUGGAUGUAUCACCAGGGGAGGCCGCUAAGGAGGUAUUCCGUGAUAUGCCUCUUGUUGGUAUUAUACGAGUAGCUUGGUACGUUAUAAUGAGGCGAUUGUUGUCACCAUUAGCUGAGAGGGUCUUGCUAUGGCGGAUACUCUAUUACCCUACUGUAGAGCGAAUGCCUGUGGUAGAUGAAUGGAUUAUGCGAUGGAGAGUUCCUACACCAGUUAUGAAGAUAAUAAGAUCGAUGAUGGCAACAGCUAGUACGGUCGAUGAUAUUAGAGAUGCUAUUGAAAAGAAGUAUCCCCCUUCUAAGGAGAGGUCUAGCUACUUACAAGAUAGUACUCUUGAUCCUAUGGGAUACAUCCAACUGUGUGAUAAAUAUAAGAUCGAUAAACGAUUACAGGAGGUUGUUAUUGAUAUGCGUGAUGAGUAUAUGUAUCGUGCACUAUGGAGAUUGGCAUGUAAACAUAAUAGAGUAAUAGCAGUGGUUGGAGAGAACCAUGUAAAGGGUAUACACAAACGAUGGAUGGCUAAUGACACUGGGAAGAGACUCUCUCCGGGUAUAUGUGAUGUUAAGGGAGAUCGAUCCAUUGAUGGUAUGGUCGGUCUCUAG